UAUACACGCAAAAGAGCGUGGUUACCUAACACGUGCGAAUUUCCAAGAUGGCGGGCGUUUUGUUUGAAGACAUUUUCGACGUAAAAGACAUCGAUCCGGAGGGAAAGAAGUUCGAUAGAGUUUCUCGUCUCCACUGCGAGAGUGAAAGUUUCAAGAUGGAUUUGAUUCUGGAUAUAAAUUCACAAGUUUACCCAGUUGAACUUGGGGACAAGUUUCGUCUUGUUCUUGCAACAACACUGAAAGAGGAUGGUACUCCCGAUGAUGAGUUUAACCCUGUCGACACCACCCCUUCAAGGGCAGAUCAGUUUGAGUAUGUCAUGUAUGGGAAGGUGUACAGAAUAGAAGGAGAUGAGGGCCCUGAUCCAGCAUCAAGAUUAGCUGCAUAUGUUUCUUAUGGAGGACUGUUGAUGAGGUUACAAGGAGACGCCAACAAUUUACAUGGAAUCGAGGCUGAUGACCAUGUCUACUUACUCAUGAAAAAGCUGGCAUUCUAGGCAACACUCAUUACAAAUUUGUACAUAAUUAGAACAAAACACAAGAAUCUUUUAUUUGUGCUAGUUUUUUCUGUGUUAGCAAAUGGUCAAGACAUGCCAUCUUUUCUGCCUAAGAAAGGGCUGAGAACAGCACCUUACAAAAGAACUUGAGGGUAUCCCAGGGUCAGAGGGGAGGAGAAGGGGAACUAAGGGAAGGCUAAGUAUUUUGUCUUUGAUGUACAGUAUUUACUGCCCCCUCCCUCCACCAUAUUUGUAUGUUUAAGGUGGCAGUAAGGGGCGGGGCUGGGAGCUUGACAAAAAUCAUUAAAGCUAUCAUUUUUAUUCUCUUUUAUUCAUUCUUUAAUAGCAAUCAACAAAGCAAUACAACAACAUAAGCAUUGCUACAUAUUUAGCCAAAUGUUUUCUGUGAAUAGGACUCUGAUAAUGCUGGAAAACUGUUUGAAAUAUUAUCAAUAAAUUCUGAACAAGUUGUGCAACAUCCUUUAUUUAGACAAAAUGAUAUCCAGAAUAUUAUAAUGGAACCAUAUAACACUACUGAAAGAUCAUGUUAAACUUUUCACAGAAAAUAUAUUGUAAUAAAAAAAUCUACUGCA